UCCACCACGAUGACUUCGGCUAACUGUACUUGCCCGCUGGCAGACUAUCAGAUGACGGUCGCCGAUAAUGGGAAGCCUACUGAAACAAUGACUAACAUAGCCGAAGGACUUGGACAUAGUAUCCGAGGCCGCAAGGAUGAUCAUAGGUUCGCUGACAUUGUCAAGGCAUAUCCAUCGCGUUUCACGUCGAGCGCUGGCAUCUCAGGGCAUCAACUCCUAAGGUGGCACGAUCGUCUUCACCUGCAGGGUCUAGUUGAGAUGACACAUGAGUUUCUCUGUACGAGUGGGAAUGGACCUCUUUUUUGGCCUGAUGGAAAUGUGAACGAGCAUGAAGAUUCAUUGAGAUACUCGGAAGAUCGGAAUGAAAUCUUUGAAGAAAUGGUCCGGUUGUUUUUCAAAUUCAAUCAGAACCAGAGAACCAAUCAAAAACGCCUUUCACGCUCGCGCAGGGCGUCACAGGAUCAUGGACGAAUCGUCAAUGCAGGUUCGGUUGACGGGCGACCUCCGGUUAGAGAGGUGCCGGUCGAAGGGCGAAUGCCGCGUCCAACCAAGAGCCCAGAUCAUCUUAAUAUAGAUUUCCCGAGUCGGAGCAGACCCGCAAACAAACCUCGUCGUAGAGUCAAGCCACGGCGAGAUCAUCGGGGCAGUUGGUUACUUGAUGCGUAUUCCGACCACGAUCAGUACAGAACCUCUGCAGGUCCGUCUUGCCGUCGGGAACGAGAGCCCACUGAUGAGCUCGCGGGGAGAUCUAGGGGCCCAGAGAAUGCUACCAUGAUUGAUCCGCCGACUCAGUCAAACGUAGAGAUGGAUGACACGACUCACAAUGGAGCAGGUAAUGGACACCCUCAGCUGAUGAACAUGGACAGAACAUCAGAAGAGCCGAAAGAGCCAGAAGACCAAGAGGGUGCAGACAAUGACAAUGGAGCCUUCUGGCCAUCGUCUGGUCAAUCGCGAGAAGUACCACAGAGUCGCCAAGGACUAUCGCGAGGCCCCUCCGAGCCAGAUGCUCCGCCCGUCGAGGAGCCAGCGUCUCCCAGACCAGAAUCCAAGACCAGCCCCAUCUUGGCGCCUGCGACACCUGCAGUUAUUCACGAUGUCCGUAUCAUUUUCAGUGUCCAGACCUUCCCGUGGCUGAACCAGAUAUGGCAUCCCGACAAGCACUUUUUCCAUUACACGCUCAAGACCUUGUUUGAAGAACUGCCCUGGCAGGGGCCGUUCCACAAGGUGGUUAUGUUACUGGAGUUCCCAGGCGGUGUGAUUAUUGAAGAUGUGCAAAGAGAUGACGAGAUGAGAUUUAGGAUCGUCUUGGCGAGGUUUGAGCAAAAGAUUGAGACGUUGAAGAUGUGCUAUGCUGCCCCAGAUCGAGAUGUCAUUCUCGAGGUUUCCCUGGAGCCAAUAGGUCGUUACCAGGAACCCAGCGAGCGAGUACAGGCUUUGUUCAGGAGGCACAUGCGAUAG